CCCCUCACCCCACCCCGGGGAGCUAGUCGAGAGUCUCAGGCUCUCGGGCCAGCGCGGCCCGGCUCCGCCCCUCGCUCCCCGGCCGGUGUCCUCGGUGUCCCCGCCGCGCAGACAUGCUGCUCGACUCCCUGUCCGCGGAGGGCGAGCGUCGCUGCCGGCAGCUGUUGACAGAGACCACGGCCCGAUUCCGCGCUCGGCCCGCGGCGGCCGCGGUGCUCGUGCCGUUGUGCUUCGUGCGCGGCGUCCCGGCGCUGCUGUAUACGCUGCGCUCCAGUCGCCUGGCCGGGAGGCACAAAGGGGACGUCAGUUUCCCAGGCGGCAAGCGUGACCCUGCUGACCAGGAUGUGGUGCACACAGCUCUGCGGGAGACGCAGGAGGAGCUGGGCCUAGCCGUGCCCAAGGAGCAUGUGUGGGGGGUCAUGAGGCCUGUGUAUGACCAGACAAAGGCCACUGUGGCUCCAGUGCUUGCCAGUGUGGGCCAGCUGGAUCUGCAGAGCCUCAGACCCAAUCCCGAUGAGGUGGAAGAGGUAUUUGUGCUGCCCUUGGCACACCUGCUGCAGACGCAGAAUCAGGGUUAUACCCACUUUUGCCAGCAUGGCCACUUCAGCUACACACUGCCUGUUUUCCUGCAUGGACCACACCGUGUCUGGGGACUUACUGCUGUCAUCACCGAAUUCACCCUACAACUGCUAGCCCCUGACACCUACCGACCUUACCUGGUCAGAUCUUGGCUAUCCAGUGACUGAAAGUGACUUGCCCUCCAGGACUGAAUAAAGUGUUUUUGGUUAC